GAAUUUCUCACCACAUUUUGUACAUUGAGAUCUCAUUAUGAAUUUUCCAGAAGAUAAUAGUAAUUCAAGACUCCGGGAAAGCGUGCUUACCACAUUAUGGGACUCCGUGCCACCAGAAGUGCAAAUAAAAAAUCAUUGGGAGGACGAGGUAAAUCAAUCAGACGUUUCUUCCGACCGAACUGUAUCGGGGUUGGACAAAGAAGAUGACUGCAUCGGCGAAGAAUGCGUCAGAGGAACUCCCAACGUUCCAUCUCCAGUUGCAGACGCGCUUUCCGAUGCUUUAAAAUCGCCAGAUCAAAAUAAACUGGUGUCCAGUCACCGGAGCGGGUUGAGUUCUCAGUCUCAACAUUGCUUCCACCAAAAAGAAAACCUCGACAACCCUUGGGAAAUAAAUUUCGGCUUUAUCCAGGCAGUAAUAUGGCUGAAAUCUAUGACUGCUAAACUGCAGCGUGUCCCGGCGGACGAAUUUUGUAGAGUCUUCCGAAAUCAGUGGCAGUUAAGCCUGAAAAUGUCCUCCAGUCUGGUCAUGACUGACCCUCUAGCUGAUCCGGUGUUCGCGAGUCCAAUGUCUGCAACGUUUUAUCCUGGCUCGGAAAGGAGUACGUCCCAAUCUCCAAGAAGUGAUAUAAUACCGGAAACGCAGGAAAGUGGAUCGGAGAGUCCAGUAUCCGUCAGAUCUUGGCAUUUGCGGAGUCGGCAGGCGGCUACCACGACACUUCUAUGCCCCGCGAGACUCAACUCGACGAUCGACAGUGGUUUUGUCUCCGACGUACCACAAUCCGAGGUCAUAAAGUCGACGGUUCGUGAUCGUGAAACCAAAAUUGAAACAAAUUUCAUCUGCAGGCGGGAGGAUUUUUCAAAUAGCGAAUAUCACGGGCAGCUCCUGCGGCGAAAUCUUCUAAAACGGGCAGAGAAGGAACGACUCACGAAGAAGAAUGCGAGGGCGGAGUGUGCAAAUUCUUCGGCCGUUUCGAGAAAAAUUCCCUCGAAACAGCAAAAACCCUCGAUAUCGUCAGUGACCUUAAACUGCGUUCUUAGAAGCUCUGAGUUGAAUGAACUACUUCAUAAGUCUGUGAAAGCGAUUCUCGCCGUCGUGAUGAAUGAAAAGAGUCACACUUGUUUUAAAAAUUGGCAGGGGUCUGUACAGAAAGACGCUAUCGAAUGUAUCGUGAUGCUGGUUAAUCAGCUGGAUAAGGAAAGAGGAUCGGACUUAUGCAAAAGAGAAGUUGUCAGUACGGUUGAAAAAGUAAUCGAAAACAUGCUGCUCAUGAACGAUGCCGACAAGGCGACAAUUUGGGAGCAUCAUCGUUUGGUGGUUUUGGAGCUCUGCAAUACGCAAGUGGUUUGUAUGGAGGUCGUGAGUUAUUUGGUCUCGCAAUUAAAUGCGCUGAUUUCUGCGGUAACUAAAACCACAGAAGAAAAUACUCCGGACUCUCUUGAGUCACUGGAAAAGUCAUUCAUUCUAUUCCACGCUCUGGAAGUUGUUCUCAUGAAGUAUAAAUCGUUCGCUGCGUGUACCACGGUCUGCAAUAAGGAAGAGAAUGCUUUAAAUAAAAUCCCGAAAAUUACGGAGCUUUGGAAAAAGAACUGGAGAAUUCAAGAACCUGCACAGUCCUCGGAUAUCUUCCUUUCCGGGAUUGAGAUUUCUUUACAGGAUCAGAAACAGGCCUGGAUAAGAAUCCUAGAAGAAAUAGUCGUGGCCAGCACGAUUUGGCCACAGGUUACGGUCCUGGCUUGGCAGUGUCUUUCAAUAAUAAAAAACACGCCUAAACAAUAAUGAUUAAUCCGGUUGUACGUGUAAUGAGAUUGUAAUCACACUUCUAUCGUCAAACACCGUGAACUCAAUUGCAAUUACGUACUUUUUUUUGUAAAACGAUCAGUCUAUUUUCCGCCGUUCGCAGGAAUUCUUAUCAAUCAUUUCUGCAGAUUCUGUAAUACAAUGUACAUACGGUAAGUUUUCAGAUCGAUGACUUACCACAAUCAGUUACGAUGAUUUAUUUCCUAUCAAUCCAACACAUCAUUCAUUAUAAAAAUGAAUAAAAACGUGCUUCUGUAACUCGUGCUUUGAUACUGUUGCACAAAUACGCACCAUCUCGCGAGUCGGUUACUUCAAUUCCUAUCUCCUUGUGGAUGAAGGAAAAACAUUCCCGCUACUCUUUUCCAAGGUCACUAAUAUCUGGCGUUUUUCUUAUUGCGAUAGUUAUCUAUCAGUCAUUCGUAGUUACAGUUUUCGCUAUUCAAUUUAUGGAUAAUGGUACUACCAAAAAACAAUUUUUUACACUAGUGCAAGUGAUAAUACAUAUACAGCAAUUAUACCGAAGGUCACUGAAAACAUCUUAUUGUACGUAAAUACUGUUAACAAUAAUGAUCAUAAUCUUUUCCUGCAGUCAUCGGUGGUAAUUUAUGUCUCUGCAACGUGCAUUCGACGGUGCAGUCCAGUUAUAAUGUUAUCAGGUAUACACCCCAUCGUAGACUCGCCGUGGAAAUAAAUAAAUAAAACGAUUUUGGUGAUUACUUUUCCGGGGGAUUUACCAUUGACAUGAUUCCUCGAAGUCGGAGCAAUUUCUGGCACCAACCAACGCAACGGCGUCGAUACGUAUGACGGGGGUAGG